UAUUCUAAAUUAAACAUGCAAAUACUUUUUGUUCCAGCUUCAUCUUGUCACCAAGAAUUUAGCAGCGAUAGCACAAAGCAUGGCACGCUCACAUCGCCUCAUUACCCUUCGCCUUACCCGCCGAACACUCAUUGCCACUAUGAGUUUUUUGGAAGAGGCAAAGAAAGAGUUAGAUUAAUAUUUCAAGAUUUCUAUUUAUAUAAAUCUGCUGAUGGUUCUAUGGAUUGUACCAAUGUGGAUUCGCUACAAGCAUUUGUCAAUGUUGACGGUCGAUUAGAAAAGGUAGAAACCUUCUGCGGAAUUGAUCUUCCAAAACCUAUUAUGUCUAACGGACCGAAACUUAUGAUGGAAUUUCGGGGAACGCAGUCUUCGAGAUACUCCAGAGGAUUCAAAAUCUCAUAUUCUUUCGUAGAAAAUUUCGGCAUUACUUCGGGGAGACAGCUUAGAGAGUUUCCUUGCGCUUUUGUAUACAAUAGUAGUGAGUUCCGUAAUGGUACUUUCGCUUCGCCUAACUCGCCUGGUCCGUAUCCUCGAGACACAGAAUGUACAUAUUUCUUUCAUGGUGGCGAGAGCGAGAAAGUUCAUCUUCAUUUCACGAAUUUUGAUGUAGAGGGAGUGUUACCAUGUGAAGCUGUCUCAGCCAGUGAUUACGUGGAAUUUUCAAACUAUAUGACUGAGGAUAAUAGAUAUGGUAGAUAUUGCGGCCAGAUGAAGGAAUUCCACGUUGAAUCAGAGAGGAACUUCUUCAAAGUAACGUUCCGUUCGAACGAUAGACUUGACGGAACAGGGUUCAAAGCUAUUUAUCAGUUUUUAGAAAUAACUGAUGAGUAUCGAGCCCCACCGGUGCGGGACAAAGCUUCGAAUUCUAUGUAUAUAAUGAAAAACGUUCUUAUGCUGCUCAUCCUCGCUGUAUCAUCAUCUAUAUCAUUAAAAUAAAGUGAUAUUAGUUUUAAAACCUAGUCUCUAAUCCUGUACAUUUUGUAAUAUAAUAUGUGCCAUACACCUGUAAUUACGUAGUUUAUUGUGCAAUAUUUUCUAUAAAAGCGUUUUCAGUUAUAUUCUAUUAAAAACUAAAGCAAUACGAAGCGAGACACAAUAAAGAUUUAUUAAUAAAGGCACGUACUAUUGAAAUAAAUUAUAAAAAUAU